AGAAGUGGCGGCUGCCGGGGGGCGAAGAACGGCUGUCGGGGCGGCGGCGGCGGCGGUUCCGGGGCUCCUGAAGCAGAGGUGCGGGCGCGGCCGUUCCGGAGCGGCGGCCGAUUGAAGGCGUCGUCCCUCCGCUUCUCGGGCCCGCUCCCCCCCGCUUCGUGCCGUGUUUGGGGGACCCGCCGCGCUUAUUCCCGCUGUUCGUCGUUGUCCGCCCCCCUCCCCUCACGCCCCCACCCCCCCCCCCCCACCCGGCCAUGGGGCGCCGCAAGUCCAAGCGGAAGCCGCCCCCCAAGAAGAAGGUGACGGGCACGCUGGAGACGCAGUUCACGUGUCCGUUCUGCAACCACGAGAAGUCCUGCGACGUGAAGAUGGACCGUGCCCGCAAUACGGGCGUUAUCUCCUGCACCGUCUGCCUGGAGGAGUUCCAGACGCCCAUCACCUAUCUGUCGGAGCCCGUGGAUGUCUACAGUGAUUGGAUCGACGCCUGUGAAGCUGCCAACCAAUAGCAGCAGGGCCUCCCCGGCCCCCCCCCCCCCAUCCGUGUUAGUUGGGGAGGGGUGGGUGGGUGCACAGCUGCCACGCCCCCCCCACCCUAAACGUGUGUUUUUAUCAUUAUUACACGUUUGCUUUGCUUUUUCUUCA